AUGACGGAGCCUUGCAUGAUGUUGUGGAUGGGGAAUUCAGGUUCUGAUCACACGGGCUCCACAGAACAUUCCUCUCUCCGCACGAGUCCCCCAUGUGAGACUACGACGACCUGGGAUGAGGAGAUGGGUGACAUCAAACCUUGCUACACUUUCUUGGUCCUCCCGCAGCUCAGCCGGCCAGGACUGUACCCUACCGGUUAUGAGUUUGUGAACGAAGAACCGCAGAUGGCAGAGGCUGCUGCUCUCCCCGGUCACGUUCUGGGAACUCCAGAGCCAAACCCGCCCGUGCCCAGCUCAGCUCAGAACCCUCCCUUCAACGUGGAGUGUGAAGCAGAGGAAUACUGUCUGGAGCAGGUCCAGUCGAUGGUGGUGGGAGAAGUGCUGAGCGAUGUCAACAAAGCCUGCAAGCUACUUAACAUCGCGCCAGACCCACUAGACUGGAACUGCAUGCAUGUUUACAAGUGGCUGCUGUGGACGGAGCACUUGUACCAACUGCCGCAUAUGAGCACGCUCUUCAAGGAACUGAACGGAAGGGAUAUGUGUUCCAUGACAGAGGGUGACUUCAGACAACGCUCCUCGCAGUUUGGAGGCAUGGUGUAUGCUCAUCUGGACAUCUGGCGAUCUGCUGCAGCAAUGAAAGGCCAGUGCUCACUAGAAGACAUGAAGUCAGCAAACAACGGGUCUUGGUGCAACUGCCCCAGCCAGCCGAUCCACUUGUGGCAGUUCCUUCAGGAGUUGCUCCUCAAGCCACACAGCUACAGCUGCUGCAUUCGCUGGAUCAACAAGGAGAAGGGAAUUUUCAAAAUCGAAGACUCGGCUCACGUGGCCCGGCUGUGGGGCAUCAGGAAGAACCGUCCAGCAAUGAACUACGACAAACUGAGUCGAUCUAUACGGCAGUACUACAAGAAGGGCAUCAUCCGAAAGCCGGAUGUGUCGCGCAGACUGGUCUACCAGUUUGUCAAUCCGAUAUGAGCGACGUGGCGAUUCCGUCAGGUUCUCAACGAGGCAAGCUGAAAAAAAAAAAAAAGAAUAAAUAUGCUGGACAUGAAGAGAAGAACGUGUAAGCUCCCUGACCUUUAGUUUCUAUUGUAAAGACUGCCUAGUGAAAUGUACACUUUACAUGAAAACAAAUGACCGUGAUUGCAUCACUGUGUUGUUUUCAGCACC